AUCAAAAUAUCAUUAGAUGGUUUAACUGGACAAUUGGGAAGGUUUUUAUUAAUGGUUAAACAAAAGAGGAGGGAGCCAUCAGGUGUGACCAUCAGCCGGAGACGUGGAGUAAACUACACAAUGAAUAAGGUUCUAAAAGUAGCCUGGUUUGCCACAAAAGUUGGCAUUGGAGGUGGUGUAAUUUAUGUGACUGUGGAUCAAGGAAUAUGGGGUGACAGUCACCGGGCUGCUGCCACAUAUGACAGACUUUAUGACAUCAUGCCUGGAACAAAGAGUGUAUCAGAAAAGUACUUACAAUUACCGAAGAAAGAUGAUGUUAAUAUUAAUUUCCGAAGUUAUUGGAAUACUGGGAUCUUUUAUACUUUUGACUUCAUUGCUAAUCUACCAUCAAAAAUUGUCAGGCUUAAAGAUGUCAUUAUAGAUUUUGCAACCUCACCACCUGUUCCUGACAAACAAAAUGAACAACAACUUAAGGCCGAGGAAACAAAUAUGGAAGAAAGCCAACUGCCACCUAGUACACCUGUAGAUGAUGUGACAGCCACACCUCCACAAGACUCGGUGGAUUCUCCACCACCAUUAGUCCCUCACCAAGCAGAUGAAAAAUCAGACUGAUAUUGUCAUCUUUCCAAAAUGAUAAUAAUGUUUUAUUAAGGGUUACAGUAUAAUAAUUUACAUCUCCUUGACUUUCUAACUCUGUAUAUAGCCAUCAUUAAAUAAAUUAAUAUCCAA